AAAGGCCAAAAAAAAGAAGUAAAGAAGAGAAACGAGAGCGACAAGGCAAAACUGAGACGUGAAAGAGAAAGGAAUGGUCACCAACAACAACAACAGCGGCUUCAACAAGACUAUCUGCUCGAUUUGCUACGAAGAUCUCAAGCCAAUCGUCGAAGACCUACAAGCGAUCUCCAUCUGCGGCCAUGUCUUCCACGAACUCUGCUUGCAGCAGUGGUUCGAGUACAGUUCCAGUGCUAAAAGGUGCAGUUGUCCGGUGUGCAAGCAGACCUGUUCGACUAGCAAUGCGGCUCGCCUUUAUUUUCAGUCAUUGGGGGACCAAAAUGAUUCGACCAUGUUGCACAAGCGGAUCGAUGGUGAAGAAGAUCCGGAGGUAUUGCGUGAACAACUAAAGAGAUUGGAGGCAAAGGCGUCGGCGCUUACUUCUACCCUUGAACAUCAGGAGAAGGGGCUUAAAGAGGUCAAUGAGGAGCUGUGUAUUUACAAGGAGAACUUGAUGAAAGAAGUGACAUUAAGAAAUGAAGCUGUGAAACAAAAAGCGUAUAUUCAAAAGCUGCUGAAUUCAAAAUCCGAGGACUUGGAGAAAAUGGCUAUGGAUAGCUUGAGGCUACAAGAGAGGAAUAUGGCCUUAGCCAAAGAGCUUGCGGCUCUCAAAUUGGUAUCCGAUUUGAACCUGGAGGAGGAUGAUAUUUUGAAGUUCGCCUCUCUUGGUAAUGAGGCCAAUCACAAAGAUACUGUAGAUGUUCUGAGAAAGUCCCUAGUUGUUCGAAACAAGAGUUAUAAAGAACUAAUGGCCAAGUGCAAUACACUCGGAAGAUGUGAAGCUCGUUCUGGUAGAAAGCUUGAGAAAUCGAAAGAGAAAAUUAAUAAACUGAAGGCUAGAAUACAAGAGCUGGAGGCAGCUGUUGAGGCAAAAGAUAAUGAAGUUUUGAGGGCUUUAAAAGCUUCAAAGAGAGCUGGCCGCAACAGGGUGAUUCUAAAUGGUGGCAGUGUCCAUUCCAAAAUUUCAUCCGAAGAUCAAAUUGAACAACUUUCUACAGUCAAAGCUGAUUUGGUUCAGAAUGGAAACUCAAUUGGCGAUCAAUCAUGUUCUAGGAAAAAGGAUAAAUUCAGUACCACUAUCAAUGUGGUUCCAGAGUGUCCUGCAGAUCAAGAAAGUAAGAAACCUCUCUAUACAGAAAGUGGUUCUUUCAUUUUAAUAGAUGAGGAUGCUUCUACAAUUGUGCAUCGACAUUCAAAUCCUUGUUCCAAACAUAUUACCAGUGAGGAUAUCAUGGGCAAGUCUCAUUUGUCAAGUCCAAAGGCGCCAAUAGGUAUUGACAGAGAAGUUACAAUGCAUGAACCCAGUAAACAUACUGGGCUUACUGGCUCAGGAACCCAGGUCAGUUGCAAUACAAGUUUCAACCCUGGUGCUGCCAUGGAUGAGGAUAUCACUGUGCUCUUCUGUCACACUACACAAGUUCAACCAACGGCGAAUAUUACAAAAGAGUCCCCAUCCCCUUUGCUAACAAAACCAGGAGAUGUAUGUUUUUCUGGGGGAUUGUUGGGUCCUGAUGGAACAAGCCGAUAUCUAGGAAAGUGGUGCAAGCGUAGCCAAAGCAAUGGAUCUACGGCCAUGCAGACUAAGAAUACAAGUGGUGACUUGAUUGCUGUUGGAGCUGAUGGGAGAGGAGGCCAAGUCAAAGUUUUGAGAUCUCAAAAUCAUUUCUCAUCGGAUAAGGAGUCUUCAGUAUAUGCAAAGAGGAGCAAAUAUGGGGCUAGAUCAGGUAGUUUGCAAAUAGAACACUUCUUUGGGAGGGCUAGUCAGUAAGCAAUUAUCCAAACAAGUGCCAUUCUAUUUUUAACUUCCCACAGUUUUUAACUUGCGGGGAGUAAGAGAAACAGAUCAGUUGUGAAAUGAAUGAGGAAGAUAAUUAGAUGAACAUGAAAGUAAAUAUGGUCCUUUGUUUCAUUUCAUCUACCUCCUGGAGUUUGGGUGCUUCAAACUGAGCGGGGCAAGCAUGCAAAUGUGGACUGUGAAGUUCACUGCCUUAAUUUAAUCAAGCAGCAAGGCAAUUGCGUGUCAUCAUAUGCCUCCUUUAUGUGCAAGCAAGUUGUAUCCUACACAGAUAUCUAACAAUGCCUGUUAUAUGGAGAUUUCUUGGAUCUUUUUUCCUUAAGCACGAUCCUGGUUUUCCUAUUAAAGAGAAUGAGCUGUUUCCAGGGUCACAUCUCUGAAGAUGUUCUGCAUUGAAGAGCAGUAUUAUGCUAUGGUCUCCAUAACAUUUUCAUUGUUAGUCACACUAUCAAGCUGGCUUGAUAGUGUUGUUUUCUCAUGGUUUUGAAAUUGGCUUGCAGUCUGCGACAGCGGUCAUGCAUGGAGGCACAGGAACUUUCCUAUAUCCCACAAUACUAUUAAAUAAAUGUUCAAUACAAACGUGGGAUAAAUUGUUGGAACAUUUUUCUCUUGCUGCACGGUUUGAAAAUUUGAAAGUUCUCUGAGUAGUCGAUUCUUCC